AUGCGCCGCAGCUUGGCACCGUCCCGACGGAGCCUCGGUCCUGUCCCACGCAAAAGAUCCAUCGCACCCACCGUGGGUGGCUCUUCGCCAGGCUGUGACAAUGGCGAUGACAGUGACAGCGGCAGCCCUCAGCCCAAGGUCCACCUCCCACCCUUUAUGGCUGACCGCAAGCCGCUGACCCCUCUCAAUGGCAAUGAAGUCAUCACGGCCCAUGAAGCGCGCAUCUUCGGCAUAUUGGGCAAGCCUUUCAAGAGCCCUCUGCCCGGGCAUACCACUGACAACAGCCGACGCGGCCUGGGUGUUCGACGCUUGACUCUUCGCCAGCCCCUCCACGACCCGGAUGAUGAUGCUGCCGUGGUCCUCUAUCGGCCCCCACCCCUCAGCGCCGCCGAUGCUUCCAACCCUGAAAUCCGCAACAAGCACCCCGUGGCUGUUGUGGUAGAUCCCAUUCUUGGAGCCAAACUUCGACCACAUCAAAUCGAGGGUGUGCAGUUUUUAUACGACUGUGUCACCGGGCUCAAAAUUCCCGGCUAUCAUGGUGCAAUUAUGGCCGAUGGCAUGGGCUUGGGCAAGACUCUGCAAAACGUCACCCUGACCUGGACGCUCUUGAAACAAUCACCGGAAUGCCGCCCCACCCUCACCAAGGCCGUUAUUGUCUGCCCCUCGAGUUUGGUCAAGAACUGGAGCAAUGAGUUUCGCAAAUGGCUUGGCGAUCGAGUCAGCACUCUUCCCAUCGAUAACGGAGCCAGCGAUGAAAUUGAUAAGAAGCUGCGUUACUUUGGAUCAGCUUCGGGCCGCGCUGCCCCCCAGGUGCUGAUCAUCUCCUAUGAAACGCUACGAGGGCACAUUCAUGCGCUAGAUCAGCCUGUGGGCAUCGUUAUCUGCGAUGAGGGACAUCGGCUCAAGAACAGUGAGAACCAAACCUAUCGCGCCCUCAUGGCUCUGAAAACGGAGCGCCGCGUUAUUCUCUCUGGCACACCGGUCCAGAACGAAUUGCUCGAGUACUACGCGCUGCUCGAAUUCGUCAACCCAGGUUUACUGGGCUCAGCCGGUGAAUUUCGCAAAAAAUUCGAAAUUCCCAUUUUACGUGGUCGUGAUGCCGACGCCACUGCCCAAGAGCAGGAGCUGGGCCAGACCAAGCUCAAUGAAAUGGUCGAGCUCGUCAAUCGCUGCCUCAUCCGCCGCACCUCGGACAUCCUCUCCAAAUAUUUGCCACCCAAGAUUGAGGCCGUGGUCUGCUGUCGGCUAACCGGCUUGCAGCUCGACAUGUACAAGCGCCUCAUUGACAGCCAGGCCAUUGCCCUUGAAGACGACGGGCCCGGCAAGACAAACCAGAAAAAGAGUGGUGGCAGUGGCCCCACCCCGCUGGCUUUCAUCACGCACCUCAAAAAGCUGUGCAACCACCCCGAGCUUAUUAUGGAUAAGAUUCAAGCCCGCGAGCCCGGCUUUGCCAAGCUGCAGGACUUGGUGCCCGCCAAAUGGGACUCGCGUGUUGUCAGCCCCGAGUGGAGCGGCAAAGUCAUGGUGGUGGAUGCAAUGCUGGCCAUGCUCAAGAGUACCACAGAUGAGAAGGUUGUGUUGAUUUCCAACUAUACCCAGACCCUUGACCUUUUUGAGCGCCUGUGCCGCCAGCGCCGGUACAAGUACGUCCGAUUGGACGGGACCAUGAGCAUCAAGAAGCGCCAAAAAGUCGUUGACCACUUCAACGCCCCCGACAGUGACGACUUUAUCUUUAUGCUGUCGUCCAAAGCGGGUGGCUGCGGCAUUAACCUCAUUGGAGCCAGCCGCCUCAUCCUCACCGACCCAGACUGGAACCCGGCCUCGGACGCCCAGGCCCUGGCUCGGUGCUGGCGCGAUGGACAGCGUCGCAUCACCUAUGUCUAUCGCCUUGUGGCCACGGGGACCAUUGAGGAAAAGAUUCUGGCCCGCCAAGCCCACAAAACUGCGCUCAGCGACUGUGUCAUUGACGAGGCCGAGGAUGUGCAGCGACACUUUAGCUUGGCCGACCUCCGCCGCCUUUUUACACUGAAUGAGGGCACCACCUCUGACCUGCACGCACAAUUCAAGUGUGGGCGCUGUAGCCGUGAUGGCACCUACGCACUUAUCAAGCCCGACGGCAAACCCAUGGGCAUCCCCUCUGACUUUUCCCAAUGGGACCACUAUCCCCUCGGGAAGGGGGUCAAAGACCGCAUUCUCUCAGAGGCUGGUGGCGAUCUCAUUUCCUUUGUGUUUCGUGCUCAAAGCCACGAGGCCGGCAAGCGCGUUGACGAGGUCCCGACGUAG